AUGAAGAGGUCACGAUGUGAACACUGUGCAGCGGGGACCCCUUCUCAGCAGAGCCAGUAUGGGAAGCCUCAUGUCAACACGUCAGACCAACAGCUCCACAGUGACGAUGAUGGCCUAAACUACUCUGCCCUGAAGUUCACUGACAAGAACAAUUCAGGGUCCAACAGCAUGUCUGUGAUCCAGCAGUCUGUGUCUGAGUCAGUCCAGCCAGGAGACUCUGUGACUCUGAACUGUACAAUACACACUGAGACCUGUGCAGGAGAACAUAGUGUCUAUUGGUUCAGACAUGGCUCAGGAGAAUCCCAUCCAGGAAUAAUUUACAACAAUGGAGACAGGAGUGAUCAGUGUGAGAAGAACCCUGAGGCUGGGUCUCCUACACAGAGCUGUAGCUGUGUCUACAACCUCCCCAAGAGGAACCUCAGCCUCUCUGAUGCUGGUACUUACUACUGUGCUGUGGCCUCAUGUGGGGAGAUACUAUUUGGCAACUGGACCAAGCUGGACAUUGUCUAUGGUUGUAAGGAGGACCAUGUUCUCUUGGUGUACUGUCUUGGUGUAGUGUUGGCUCUUUGUGUCAUCCUCAUCAUUGUCCUUGGUUGUGUUUUGUAUAAGAUGACCAAGAAAACCUCUCUGCUGUGUAGAGGAACACACCCUCAGUCAAGUACUUCAUCAGUCCCCAGUUCUCAUAACCAGGAUCAAGAUGCUGACACACUCCAAUACGCUUCUCUGAACGUCAUCCACAAGAAAGUAAAGGCUGGGAGACAGAGGAGUGCCAUGGAGAGAGACACUGUGUACUCUGGGGUGAGACUCCAAAACAUGGACUGA